AUGGCGGCAACUACAACGUCAUCACCCACAAGCGUAACAAUGGAAGAACCGUACGCCUUGGAUCAUAAAGUCAGCAGUUUACGCCAAAGUAUUUCCAUGAAACGAAACACAUCCAAUCUUACUUCGGUGGAACGAAUCUUUGUCGAUGAAAUCAUGGAAGAGGGUGACGAGGAAGACUUGGAGGUUCUCUUGACCACGCUAGAAGACCAAACUCUAUUUUUUGGGUCCUCGCAUGGAAAUGGUGAAGAAGGAAAGGAAAUCAUGUUAAUGCUGGAACCACCCACCGGUCCCCAACACUUAUUAUUGAGAGGCCAACGAGGAUCCAUCUUGCGACAGCAAACGAUUGAAAAACGCAGGUCCUGUCAUCAACGAAAUUCCUUAUGGAGACGAUCGUCCAUGAAAAAGAUGGAUAGCUUUGGUAGUGCCAGCACCAAUGAAAGAAAUAGUUUUUCUGGAGGAAGUGGCGAAUUCAGCGUGGCCAGCAGCAGUGGUGGUAAUUCCAUCAAACAGGGUGAUCGGUCGUCGAGCAAAGUGGUGGGACCGCAAUCCUUGUUUACCUUGGACGAAUUCAAAGAGUUGGAAGCCUCCUAUGGUCAAGAUGAGGAGGAAGAUCAUGAUGAAAAUGGCAAAAUUGGCACACAUAAUGAAACGAAAGUGGAAGAAUUGGUAGUACCCCAGACUACUAGUAGUACUGACAGCAGCGAUUUGAUCAAACGAGCCUCAAGAAACAUUUACCUGGGAGAAGGUUUCGAAGUCGGAGCCGAAGAUUUAUUUAACAUGUACUCGCAAUCCAUGCCUGACUAUGAUCCCUGGAGGGACAAUUUGGAAAUGGACGAAGAAGGUCAUCGAUUUGAUUUUACCAUUCUUGGCACGUCACCCGACGACAUUGAUUCGCAGCCCCACGCACUGUCGCCACCGCAAAUGUAUGCCCUCCAGGAACAUUUACCAAUGGCUCGAAAAGGAGAGAGCUUUUGGCUCAAGUAUUCCAUGGUCCGAGAUGGAGCAUCCUUUUCUGCACUCUUGCAACACGUCCGUGGAAGUCAUCAUACGGUCAUGUGCAUGGAAACCAUUGAUGGUGAAGUCUUUGGAGCCUUUUCGUCUACAACAUGGUCCAUUCAGCCAAACUACUUUGGAAAUGGUGAAUGCUUUUUGUGGAGAAUGAAGAGCAAUCGAGCCGAGGUCAAUGGAUUGUCACUCUACGAACAAGCCCAACAGGAAUCAGACAUUGCCGUCUAUCCAUAUGCUUACCGAAACGACUAUUAUCAAUUGUGUCAACACGACCGCAUUGGAUUGGGAGGAGGUACUGCAUCGGUACCGCAAGAGAUUCAAGGAGAAAUGGUAGAACCUAAUCAACUUGGUUUUGGAAUUAUGUUCGAGGGAUCGAACCUGCUGGAGGCCUCCAGUGCCCCCUGCCUCACUUUUGGAAGUCCCUCCCUAUCCAUGAUUCAUUCAGAUGGAUCCAAGUUUGAAUUGGUCAACUUGGAAGUGUGGGCCUUGACACCGUGUGUCACCAUUGAAGAAGCACGACGACUGGAAUGCCAACGAUUAUUCCUCAAGCGGAACCUUGUAAAUAGUAAUAGUACUAUGCAAUAG